AUGUCUGCCGCCGCGAAGCAACGCUUGAUGAGCGAGUACAAAGCCCUCGAGAAGGAGAAGUGGAUCAAUAUUGAGCUCAGCGAUGGCUCUCUUUUCAGAUGGACCAUUGGUCUUAUGGUCAUUAAUCCCGAAAGCGCCUUCAAUGGUGGCUAUUUCAAGGCCGAAAUGACGUUCACCGAUAAAUACCCGUUCCUACCCCCAACUUUCAAGUUCCUUCGUCCGAUCUACCACCCAAACAUUUACCCUGAUGGGAGAGUCUGCAUCUCGAUCCUACACGCACCCGGCGACGAUGCACAGUCCGGCGAGCUAGCUAGUGAACGCUGGUCUCCUCUGCAGGGUGCUGAGUCGGUCUUGCGUUCUGUCCUCCUCCUCCUUGAUGAUCCAGAGAUUGCUUCUCCGGCCAAUGUAGAUGCAGGAGUGAUGUACCGAGACAACAGAGCACAGUACAAUCAGAAAGCUAGCGAGACGGUUGCGGCGUCCAAGAAGGAUAUCCCCGAUGGAUUUGUCAUGCCUACGACGCUCGAGUCUGCGCCCCCAGAGAAGAUCCCCGACGAUGACAACUUCUGGAAUGAGAGUGAUGCCGAGGAUGACUUUGGUGCCAGUGAUAGCUCUGGGGAGGACUUUGGGAUGGACGAGGAUGAAGAAGAUGGAGAGGAGCAAGAGAGCGAGCAAGAGGAAGGCCAGGGCGAGGGAAAGGAGGAAUAG